AUGAAGCAUCUCUACGUCACCUUUGCAUCUUCAACUGCAGUGCCCAAGUUUCACCCGUCAGUUAGCACGCCGUUCUCCCUCGGCGUAAGAAAGAGAAGAUUGAAGGGUGGCCAAGAUCAGGCCUCAUUGCCAGCAGCAAGACGCCAGAAAAACGGACGACUACCAGGUCGAGUACGUCAAAUACUCUCGCAACCGACGUCUUCUCAAACCAGCUCUCCACUUGCCGCAUCUCAUCUGAGUCCACCCCAAAAUCCUUCUCUUGCUCCAACAUCAGUCAAUACGGAGCAAAGCAAUCCGAUGCUAUACCCAUCACAACCCCAUCCAUAUGGGCCUCACCCGGACGAGCCGUGGUAUCCCGGUAUGAAACUGCCGUCUCACAACUUGGGCUACCCCGAUUUCUCCUCCAUGCCCGAGUUUUCAGUCGAACCCUUCGAUCCCAUGUUUCCUGAGUUUUCAUUACCAUACCAACCUGUUCAAAAUGCGCACAAUUGGCAACAACACGGAGUACAACCGGCCGGGAAAUACCAGGGGGAUCCAUUCACGGACUCAGGUUUUGGGUCCACGCCAGACGAGGAUGCAUUCAACAACAUGACUGGUGGACAUGGUACCUGAAAUGGCGUUCCUUUCAACAUGGAUACACAGCUCUUAGUCUGCUCAACUGUUCGAAAUGAAUCGGCCGAAGCGGUCCCCCCGCCUAGAAUGUCCCGAUGAUCUCGAUACUCUCAGGAUAGGAACAACGCUGCCGUUACCCGUCCCCACCGGAGGCAUGCGCCUCUCCAGAUCAGAUAAGACAGGUCAGCUAUCACAGGCUGGAUCAGUAUCGUCUUGAUUGCCGGCGAAAUGACGACGC